AUGUCUCAUCGCCGAAUAUUGUCGGUAAAUGACAUAAUAUCGCAUCUUGAAGACAACGAUGACGUAUUGUCAGCAGAUAUUUACAUAACACCCCCAGAUAAUUACGACAAAAGUGAUGAAGACAGUGGAGAUGAGGAGUCUUCGAACAUAAAUCACCUGUCCAGGCAGCAGCUCUUAGCACAGGCUGAGUUUAGGGCUACUGUAUCUUCACAGUCUAAUUUAGAUAUUAUAGAAAGCGUAUCAAAUGAAGUUUCUAUAGAUAAUAAUACACACGGCGACUUAUCAGUACAACCACCGGCAAAGAAAAAAAAAUGUCCAGCUACCCGAAAGUGGAGGAAAGUAGAUAUUCCAGUGAAGACAGAGAAAACAUCAGAGCCACCACAUUUCUUAGAACACCUAGAUACUCCUCUUUAUCAAGGGGCAAGCACAGGAAAUACCCACCCAGAACUUGGUGUAGGUGCUUCUGUUGUUUUAGACCUCAUAUCCAAAUUGCCGCCCGGUACUUACAGCUUUUAUAUGGACAACUAUUUUACAUCUUUACCCUUGUUGGAUGAAAUAAAAACAUUAGGACACGAUGCGACGGGAACGGUUAGGGCAAAUAGGGUAGAAAAGGCACCCUUGAAAGAAGCGAAAGAUAUGAAGAAAAUGAGCAGAGGGUCUUUUGACCAGUGUACAGAUACUCUGACGAACAUCACCCUCGUACGUUACAAUGACAACAAUAUUGUUACCGUUGCCUCAACCGAAUGUGGUGUGGAGCCUUUAGCUAAGGCUAUUCUCAAUAAAGACCAACAAAAUAAAACAGAGGACGACUGUGACUUGUAUGGGAGGCUUCUUGCUAACAAACUCAGUAAAUACUCAGAUAAUGAGAGACAAGAAAUAAUGUACGAAAUUGAUGGCCACCAGCUAUUCUUGUUCAUCACCGUCGUCAUCUUGGAUCAAUCGCCCAUCAUCAUUGUCUUCAAAUCAUUAUAUAAUUGCUUCUCCUAUACAAGAAGUAGUUUAUCAAUCCCCCAACAGAAUCCAUACACCUGUCCCUACAAUCCAGAUACCUGGAGGAUCCAUGCAAAUAAUUUCUAA